AUGAAUCCAACUAAUAAUACCGUUCGAAGUACUCAAAUUCUGACCAAAAAAAUUAAACUUGACAAUAAAAUAGAACCUCAUAUUUCCGUUAAAGAUCAAAUAACCAAUAUUUUCAAAGAUCAUAAAGUAUUUUCUGAUUCAUUUCGAUAUGGUGAUGCGAAUUCUAAAAAGACCAUUCUUAAAGAUCCUUACUGUUGUAAUGGCUUUGCAGCUGCCAUCUUCCAUGCCUAUAAUUAUCAUAAACAUUUACGCUUGAGCCCUGAUGAUGUUUGGCUUACAAUUUCUCAAGGCGUUAGCCGUCAUAUUAAUUAUAAUGCAGAAAAAUUUCGUAAUAAAUUUGUUAAACAUGAUGGAAAGGAAUUAGUUUCAAUUUUUGUUGGCGACAUUAUAUCCGAAACUACACUUGAAGGAGAUUGGCCAGAAGCUGUAAACAGACUUGUCAUUAAAACUGGUGAACGUGUGGAAACAAUAGAUCUGAAAGAAUUAUUAGAAUGUAAUUUCUCAACAACAACUUCAAGCGUCUUGGCAGCAAGCCGUAUUGUAUUGUUAGACAUGGUUAAGGCUUAUUUUAAUUACAAAUUAUGUUUUAGAUGUGGAAUUCCAAAAAUUACACUUGAAGGAUCUCUUGAAGAUUGGACAAAGCUACAAGAAAAAAUUGUUCGACUAAGAAAUUUGAAUUUAGAAUUAGAUUUUUGGUUAGAUCGCCUUGAACCAGUAAUUUUGAAUUUAGUAGCAACUUAUCUUGGUGAAGUUAAUGAAGAUUUUUGGGGUAGAAUUGUAAAGAUAGAUGAAGUAUUUGGUUCUGGUGGUGGUACUUUUAUUACUGGGUGGAUGUUGGCUUUCUUUCCUUAUAAUCGUUCAGGAAACCCUUUAAAACAUGAUAGAGCAGAACUUGAUGAUAUUCCAGAUGGAAUUGUUGAGGUUCCUUUUACUACUGAUAUUGGAUUAGAUUUAAAGUUUACAGCUGGAUUUUUUGGUGCUAAUCAAGAGGUUCUUGAUGGUGAAUCUGUUGUUUCUCCCCAUGAAUCAUUUGUUGACCUAAAUAAAGCAUUAGCAAUCAAUCUAAACGGUACUACUGCAUUGAACAAUCAUGAAUCGCUUGCUGAUUUUAAUAAACCAUUAAAAAUUGUAAAUGUGGGUAGAGAUGAAAAAUCAUUUGAUAAAUUGGAUGAUUGUUAUGUUAUUGGUUCAUCAUAG